GUUGUGUAUGUUUUAUCACCCACAAAAUGUGUAAUGUGUGAUAAACAAAUAGCCGGCAUUCAUUAUGGUUGGAAAAAAAUUGGACUGAAACAACUCUGGAAAGAAAGGAUCUGGUCUGAAUUUUGAAAGUCCACAAAAGACAGCAAGCUAAAGGAAAUUGUUUAGUCGGAAUUGAUUGCUUUCCAGGUCAAUCCCACAUUCAUUUUGGUCAUAAUUUAAUCGGAAAACACCACCGUAGACUGUAAAGUAUACUCAGUCAACAUAAUUACUUCCGGAUGAUUAGUCUUAAACUUAAGGGGGAUGAUCCAAUGAUUCCUUUUCCUCUUUCUUCUUUUCUUCCUAACCAAAAAAAUUUCAGUCAAAAUGCUCCCACUUGCUGUAUCAUUGACAAUUAUCAUCCUCAUCGCCGCCUUCCCCUCUCUUUACGCCCUUGACUUUCUCUACAAUUCAUUCACCUCCGCCGGCGGCGGCGGAGGAGGAGGGUCAUCUUCCUCUCCCCCUCUUCUCAACCUCACUAACGACGCCCGCCUUGAGCCGCCGGUGAUCCGUCUCACCAAUGACUCUAACCAGUUCUCAUUGGGCAGAGCAUUUUACCCUUCACCAGUCCGAUUCAAGAGCAGCCCCAAUUCAUCUUCCAUUUCCACUUCAUUUUCGACCCAGUUCGUCUUCUCCAUCCUUCCUCAAAUCUCCACCAGUCCCGGGUUCGGUCUCGCCUUCGUCUUAUCCGGCUCGACUUCCCCUCCCAACGCCCUUGCCGGGCAGUACUUCGGGGUAUUCUCGACCCAGCUUAAUGCUCCGCCGGGCCCGCUUCUUGUGGUUGAGUUUGACGCCGGGAGGAACCCGGAGUUUAAUGACCCGGAUGAUAAUCAUGUCGGGAUUGACUUGAAUAGUAUAGAAUCCAGAGUUACUCAGAGUGCAGGGUACUUUGAUAGUACUGGAAAUUUUGUCUCUUUUCGAAUGCGGAAUGGGCAAAACAUUCAUGCUUGGAUUGAUUUUGACGGGCCAAGGAAUGAGAUCAAUGUGUCAAUUGCGCCUGUUGGUGUGAGAAGGCCGAGCCGGCCGCUGAUUAACUUUACCAGUCCUGCCUUGGCCAACUAUACGAUUGACCAAAUGUAUGUUGGUUUUUCUGCGUCCAAAACUACUUGGGUUGAGGCACAAAGGAUUUUAGCUUGGAGUUUUAGUGAUAAUGGUGUGGCUAGAGAAAUUAACACCACGAAUUUACCCGUCUUUAGGCCGGAAAGUUCGUCGAGUAAUAAUCUGGGAAGUGGAGCGAUCGCUGGGAUUGUAAUCGGUUGCAUUUUGUUCGUUUUUGGAGUUGUGACAUUUCUGUUCUAUUGGUUUGUGUGGAGAAAGAGGAUCCAAGAGGAUGAGGAGAUUGAGGAUUGGGAGCUAGAGUUUUGGCCUCAUAGGUUUUCUUAUCAGGAAUUAUCAAAGGCUACCAAUGGAUUUUCUAAGAAUGAGCUUCUGGGAGCUGGUGGAUUUGGUAAAGUUUAUAAGGGGAACCUAGAGAAUAACGUGGAAGUCGCAGUGAAAUGCGUGAACCAUGAUUCCAGACAAGGGCUCAAGGAGUUCAUGGCCGAGAUUUCAACAAUAGGUAGGCUUCAGCACAAGAAUUUGGUGCCUAUGAGAGGGUGGUGCAGGAAAGGGAACGAACUGAUGCUGGUGUAUGAUUACAUGCCUAAUGGAAGUCUGAACAGAUGGAUAUUUGAUAAACCAGACAAACUUAUGGGAUGGGAAGGAAGACGGCGAGUUCUGUGCGAUGUUGCAGAGGGUUUGAACUAUUUGCAUCAUGGAUGGGAACAAGUGGUUAUGCAUAGAGACAUCAAGUCUAGCAAUGUGCUGUUGGAUAGUGAAAUGAGAGGAAGGUUGGGUGAUUUUGGUCUGGCAAAAUUGUACACUCAUGGUGAAAGGCCUAAUACAACUCGGGUUGUGGGCACAUUUGGGUACUUAGCCCCUGAAGUAGCUACCAUGGCUACACCAACUGCAUCUAGUGAUGUCUAUAGCUUUGGAGUCGUGGUGUUGGAGGUGGCUUGUGGACGAAGGCCUAUUGAUACUUCAGUCGGGAAUGAGGAGGAAGAAGUUUUAGUAGAUUGGGUUAGGCAGAAAUAUACUGAGGGGAAAUUGAUAGAGGUGGCUGAUCAGAGAAUCAAAGAGGAGUUUGAAGAUGAAGAAAUGGAGGCAAUUUUGAAACUUGGGUUGGCAUGCUGUCAUCCUGAUCCUCUUCGCCGGCCGACAAUAAGGGAGGUCGUGGUGAUUUUGCUUGGGGAAAAUGUAGCUGCCGCACCAAAGGAUCUGCUAUCUGGAUUAACACCCCAAGUUGACAGCUCUCGAGAUGGUUUCAACAAUGAGGGAGAAGAAAAGCCAUUGUCCCCAGAACAACUUAGGUGAGAUAUCUGUUUGUUUUUCAUUGUUACUUCUUACCUUUCAAUCGUUAUCAUCUGUAAAUUUGUAAUGCUUGUGAGAGUUUAAUGUACAUUGGUGAGUGGAUAACUGGAGAGUGAUACCAUGUUACUCUUUUUUUUUGUACAUCUCUUUUUCCUUCAUUGUCUUGUUGUAGUUCAGCAUUCUUGCAAAUAUUGCAGUAGCAUUCUUGUACUUUAGUGCCGUGUGUAGCUUCUCUGUUCUGCCCUAAGACUUAUUUUCAAGAUGAUCAAUGGAACAAUGAAUACAUACCUUCACUUACUGUGUUCUAUUGUUUGAUUUGAAAUGGUAUUUUUGUUCAAACAUUGUAAAGUAGAAACCUCGAUAGAACUUCAUGGACAUUUGUCGAUGUUAUUGGCGCUUUAUCAGUUUUUUUGGCAAUUGGGGCUUUCCUAAAUCAGAGUAUACAUGAUGGAAUUCAUGACAAAAUACAGAAGAGUUUGUUCCCUGGCUUUGUGGGCUUGUGGCUUCUGAUGCUUCCAUUAAAGUUAAACGAUCCCUGGUUUCAACAUUGCCCUCUGUUAAGCUGACGCUUCCAAAACCAGCGGUUAAGAUCAACCCAUAUGAAACCUACCUUCCGGGUUUUAGCAGCUCC